UAGUCGCAGCUGCUCUCAUGUUCCCUCACUUCGUCCCCACAGCCCUAACAGUCUGAAACGCUGCCAUCAUGCGCGACGUCCACUUGGCCCUGCUCUCCCGCAGCCUGUGCUGCAAUGUCCGCACCGCUGCCUUUGUCUUCACCUCCUACUACCUGGUCUCCACUCUGCUGGUAUGUGUAGACAUAGCGGUUUGGGUCUUCAGUGGUAAAGAUCUGGGUGGAUUUGUCCACAGCGAGCACCUGACCCAUGGCCAGCAGAUAUUUGACACCACCUCUAACUUCCUGUUGCUGUGUAUGAUGGCGAUCUCCUGUGUCUUUGCUCUGGUUGGACUUCGCAAGGGAUUCUCCAAACACCUGGUACCCUUCAUCGUCCAGGUGUACCUGGAUCUGGGGCUCAGCAUGAUGUCUCUCUUCAGUGGCCCCUGGGGGCUCCCAGGAACCCCCACCUUUGAAGAGAGUGACCGUUUAGUGAUGCAAUUCACAGGAGGAAGGCAGCUGGAGCCGAAGGAGACUGCUCGCAUCACCACGAUAUUCGGAGUGCUGUUUGUCCUGUACCUGCUGAUGAAGGUGUACACAGCACACAUUGUGACCAAGUGUUACUAUGUGAUGAAACUGACUGGAGAAAUGAAGGACAGCCAGAAAGAGGAGAGUGUAUCGGUGAAACUGCCCUCCUAUGAUGAGGCUGUGAAGAUGCCUCCCGAGCUGCUGUCUCCAGCCUGCAAGUUCAUAUGAAGAACAAUCCGGAACAAGCGGAAGGGCUCGACCACGCCUGCUUCACACCCACAUGUAGCCACUUCCCUGACCAGACCAGACCGCUUUCAGUCACAUGCUUACUGCAUUUCCUGCUGCUUCAUUAGUUUUACUAUGAGAGAGAGAGAGAGCGAGAGAGUGAGAGAGAGCGAGAGAGAGAGAGAGACUGACUAUUUUUAUUUUUCUAUUAAAACUAUCUUUCCGGCUCUGUGACUUCUGUGAUGCAUGUCUACAGAAGAGGACAAAAAGAAGACAGGUUAAAGAGGGAAGGGAGAUGUGUUUGAUUGUGUUAAUGAGCUGAGAGCUCACAGUUGACAGUAAACAUGCUUUAUUUCACACAAUCAAGAGUGGACAUUGCACUGAACAGUUCAUUCAGUUUUCCUGCACAAAUAUAAAUAUUUGUCACUAUAUUUAAAAAAAAAAAAGUUACUUAAAAAGCUUAGAUUGUUAUCACAUCUGUUUAUGGAGCUAAAUAGUACAUACACAAAUAAUGCAUGACCGUAUUAACAAGGUAAAUAGCCUUACCCGCAGGUCAGCUAUUUCAGUCUUGCUAUAUUUCAGGUUGGUGAAUGCUCCCACUGCUGUUUGGCAGGAGUUGAGCACAGCUAGACCAUCCAUUCAGUGUAUUGCCCAGUCACAGCUAUGUAUAUUACAGUACCUGUAACCUUUUAAAGAACAUGUUAUUUUGAAUAUUUUUUCAAUAAUUUGAAGUCAGCGUUCUAGAACUAUGUUGCUUUCAAUUACCAGUAGUGAUAGUGCCAUCAGCAUUAAAAUGUUCAGUUAAGACCAUUCUAAUCAUAUUUGUGAUUUUACACAUUAGAGGGUUAAUUAAAAAGAAGAGCACACGGGAUGAAGGAGAGAGAGACAGAGCAAUGCUUGGCUUAUUGCAUUUGGAGGCUGUGACUGUGCAGGAAGCAAUAAAACCUCAUUUAAUCUCA